GGUCUCUGGAGCUGUCAACUUUCUGUUUUACUUUUUUUCGACUUCGCUGAAUAGAGGGACCAAGCUGAAGCACGUCAUGGUCAGAGUGAAAUCAUGUCCGACGACGAAAGUGUGCCUUCCUUUCUGGAAGACGUCAGAGUGAAGUUUGUAGAGGAGAAAGUUUGUGAGCUGCUGCGACUGAACCGUCAAACAUGGGAGAAGAGUGUUGUCAACGAGGAGUUUCAAACACUCCUGAAAGACUUCUUCGAGAAGGAGUCAAUUAUUUACUUUUCUUCAUCGAGCAAGGGGUUUGUGCUUCCUUAUAAGAAGGCCCCACCUGUAGCUCAGAUUAGGCAAAUGUAUAUCCUGAAGAAGACAUUUGCAAUGGUCACAGCUGAAAACUACAGGGAUCUUUUGCUUUAUGGCCUUCUGUCUACAUCACUACUACAACAACUGACCAGCACAGUUGAGCAGGUUUGUUUCCCACUGCUGUCAAACACUAAUAACCAUCAGAUGUGGCCAAAUCUGCUAUCUGAAGACAUCCUAAAACAUGUUGAGAGCAUGUGCAGUAAGACAUCGGUCCUAAAGGGAAAGGUUUUGGGCAAAACUAUCCUCCCUAUCCCAGCUAUGACUGAUUGGACUGAAAAUUUAAACAGCACCCUCAAAAUGUGCAAUAACUAUGACAGAGCACUGGCUCACACCCUGGAGACCCAGAUCAUUAACUGGACUAAUCUAAUCCAGAAAAUCUUGAAGGAGGAUUCAUCUGACGUACUCAUGACAGGUUGCAAUCCAGGGCCCAGUGAAGAGCUGAAGUUUUGGGCUUCAAGGAAGAGUAACAUACAAAACAUUUAUCAUCAGCUUCAGAGUCCUGUUGUUCAGAAAAUGGCAACGAUGUUAGAGAUGAUGGAUAGUAGCUAUCACCCGACAUUCAAGGCUCUGAUAGGAAAUAUAUUCGAUGCACUUCAAGAAGCUGAAGACAUUGACCUCCACCUGCUGCCACUACAUGCACAGCUGUCUAAAAUGGAAAAAGAUGGAUUUUGUCACUUGGAAACGUUGAUCCCUGCAUUGUUUCACACUCUCUUUCUUAUAUGGACCAACUGCCAGUCUUAUCAAAGACCUGCACGCAUUGUGGUGUUAUUGCAGGAGCUUUGCAAUCUGCUCAUUGAUCAGGCUUCUGCAUACCUUUCUGCAGAUCUGCUUCUCAGAGAGGAUCCAGAGGAAAGCCUACAGAUGGUGAGAAAGGUGAUAAAAGUGUUUGAAGGUUUCAGAAACACUUACCAGACCCAGAGAGAGAGGUUGGCAAACCAUGUGAAACAUGCACCCUGGGAUUUCCCAUCUGCCAUGGUUUUUACACGCUUCAACCAGUUCCUAAAGCGUAUCCUACAGCUGGAGGAUGUGUUUGAAAUUAUGCUGGACUUCCAAAGAAUGGAAAAACUUGAAUUUGGUGGACUGAAAGGCAAACUCUAUAGUGAGCAUGCUGCUCAGAUGUACAAAGAGUUCAGUAAGCUAUGCCAAGAACUGAAACAAAGUGAAAACUGCCCGCUUGACCUCUGUCGGGGCUUUGAAAGUGAGUACAAGGAGUUCAAAAGCAAAAUCUUUGAUUUUGAAUGUUGCCUUGCCAGCCUACUGUGUUUGGCAUUCAAGGAUUGCUCGGGACUGGAAUCAGCAUUUAAAUUGCUAACUAUUAUCAGGCCCUUCCUGGAGAGAAGACAAAUUCGACAGAUUUUCAGCCCCAACUUCCUUCUGUUGCAGCAGCAUUUUAGAAAAGAGCUGGAGAAAUGUAAAUGUCUGUUCAAAUCCCAGCUUAAUCAGAUGGACAGAGGACUGACCAAAAACAUGGCCCACACAUCUGGAGCUUUGAAGUGGGCGAAAAUGCUCAGAAAACGCAUCCAAACACCAUGGGAAAAAAUCAAAUCAUUGUUUGACAAGCCUGCAGGAGGUGAAGGGAACGUGAAGGAAUACGACAUGUACAUGGAGUUGUUAGGUCUCUUGGACCGAUAUGAAGAGGACAUUUACUCCAACUGGUGCAAUGGUUUAGAGCAGGUCUGCUUGAUCAACCUAAACCAGCCCCUUCUCUCACGAGACAGCUCAGCUGGCCUUAUCUCAGUCAACUUCAAUCCUAAGUUGACUGAAAUCUUGACAGAUGUAAAGUAUAUCCAGGCUCUCAGCCACAUCAAGAUCCCUGCAGCUGCAAUGACUGUUUUUGAGAAGCGCUUUCUGUUCACUAAAUAUGUGAGCAGUCUGCAGCUAUUGGUGCAGUGGUACAACAAGCUAAAGCAGACAUUGCUGGAGGUGGAACUUCCUCUCAUCAGAGCUGAGCUGGAGUCCAUAGACGCACAGCUAAAAAGGGCUGAGUCUGACCUGACUUGGCAGGAUUCAAACUGCUGGAGUUUUAUCAGUACCACCAAGGACUUGGUCUAUGGACUUGCGUGUCGAGUCAGUAAAGCCAAGGAGAACUGUGAGGCUAUCCAGUCAAUGAUGAAGGGAUGGAGCAAACAGGUUAUGUUCUGCAGAAAGGACAACAAGAAAGGCUCUCUCAUUCAGCUGGAAGACAGGGAAGACCGUGUCAGCAAGAAGUACGACUCCAUGAAAAAAGAUGGAGACUCUAUCCACAAGCUUGUAAAAGAGAAUAUUGCUCUUUUUCAUGCUGACCCUGAUUCAGUAGAAUUGCAGUCCUAUCUGGAGUAUGUGGACGAAAUGGUAGUGGAGGGGCUCUUCAGCUAUAUCAGCCACUCUCUUCAAUUCUUUGUGGACAACAUGGAAUCAAGGUCAAAACAGAUGCCUCUGUUUGAGGCCCAGUUGAAGCUGAGUAGCUCAGGAAUGGUAUUCCUACCCUCAUUGGAGCAAGAAGCAGGGGAUGGCUUCUAUGAGCUGAUCGAAGGACUGAUUGGAGACAUAUUCAAGACUUCAGAGAAUAUUAACAGAGUGGCUGCUCAUCAAAGCAUGGGCAACUAUCAGGAUGUGAUGGCUGACAUGCUAGAUUUGUUGGAACUGAGACAAGAAAUAAUGGAACGAGUGGAGAGUGUCCUCAAGAAAGCAAUCGAUUACCAGAGAAAGUUUGACUGCUACACCCAUCUCUGGCAAGAUGACAGAGCUGAGUUUCUUAGCCAGUUCCUCCAGUUUGGAUGUGUGCUUACACCUGAAGAGAUGGAGGCGCAUGAGGCAGAUGCACUCCCUGAGAGCCCACCUACAAUCAGCAACUUCAAAGAACAGAUAGAUUAUUAUGAAGAUUUGUUUACUGAAAUUUCCAAGAUGGAAGACUUCAUCGUAUUCAACGGAUGGUUUCGAAUGGAUAUCAAGUUCUUUAAAGUCAGCCUCCUUAACACUUUAAAAAAAUGGAGCUGGCUUCUUAAAGAACACCUUUUGACAUAUGUCACCAACAGUCUGGAUGAGCUGCAGACAUUUGUCCAAGCUUCUGUUGAAGGACUGGGCCAGUUUGGGGCUAAAGAAAAUCCCAGUUGCUUGGUGGAAGUGAUGAGUCACCUGCUGGCCAUGAGAGACAGACAGAAAUACACAGACAUGGUGUUUGAGCCUUUCAGAGACACAAUCAUCCUCCUCGAACAAUAUGGAGUGACCAUACCAGAGCAGGUCUACUUUCAGCUUGAGGAACUGCCUGAGAAAUGGAGUGAGGCAAAAAAACUGGCUGUAAAAGUGAGGCAUGAUGUGGCACCCAUGCAGAAUGCAGAAGUGAUGGUUUUACGGAGAAGAUGCAUGGCAUUUGAGAUAAAACAAAGGGAAUUCAGAGACAUGUUCAGAGCAACAGCUCCCUUCAGUUACCAUGCAGAACAUCCCUACAUCAGUCUGGACAAGUCUGAGAGAGCAAUCCAGAAAAUGGAAAAAGAGGUAGCAGAGCUACAGGAGUCAACAAAUCUAUUUGACAUAACCAUUCCUGACUUCAAAGACAUCAAGCUCUGCAGACGUGAGAUUGUGACUCUCAAAGAACUGUGGGACAUUACUGUGUUUGUGCAGAGCAGUGUAGAGAACUGGACAAAGACCAAAUGGAGGCAGAUAAACGUGGACCAGAUGGAUGCAGAAUUGAGGAGGUUUGCCAAGGACAUGCGGAAACUUGACAAAGAGGCUCGCGUGUGGGAUGUGUAUUCUGGGUUAGACCUUUAUGUAAAGAACCUGUUGACGUCACUGCAGGCCGUGAGUCAGCUACAGAACCUGGCAAUAAGAGAGCGCCACUGGGUGCAGCUAAUUAGAAUGACACAGAUGGACUUCACAGUGACUGACGGUACAACGUUGGAAGAUCUCUUGGCUCUGCAGCUCCAUUUGCUGGAAGACAAAAUCCGAAACAUAGUGGAUAAAGCAGUCAAAGAAAUGGCCAUAGAAAAGGCUGUGACACAAAUAAGUCAAACAUGGGAAUCAAUGGAGCUUUCAUAUGAAAAUCAUUACCAAACUACUGUGCCGCUACUGAAAUGUGAUGAAGAACUUCUUGAAACUCUUGAGGAUCACCAGGUUCAGCUUCAGAGCAUCUUUCAGAGCAAGCAUGUUGAUCACUUCUUGCAUCAGGUAGUGGUCCUACAGAAGCAGCUCACUGUAGCUGACUCUGUGCUGUUGGUCUGGAUGGAGGUGCAAAGGACGUGGGUGUACCUACAAAGCAUCUUCAAAGGCUGUGAUGACAUCUGCCAGCAGCUGCCUGCAGAUGCACACAGAUUCCAAGCCAUAGAUGCAGAAUUUCAGGAGCUCAUGCUGGACAGUGCAAAGACUAAAAAUGUCCUUGAGGCCACCAACAAGCUUGCUCUUUUUGAGAAGUUAGAAGAUUUACAAAAAAGACUGGCAUUGUGUGAAAAAGCCCUAACUGAAUACCUAGAGACAAAGAGGCUUUCAUUUCCAAGAUUCUACUUUAUUUCAUCUGCAGAUUUGUUGGACAUCAUCUCUAAAGGGAGUCGCCCCAGAGAGGUGUCCUUUCACCUUUCAAAAUUAUUUGACAACAUGACAGACCUUGAAUUUGCCAAAAACGAAGGGUUGGAUACUCCUAAACAAGCUGUGGGAAUGUUCAGCAAAGAGAGGGAGUAUGUCCCAUUCAAGACUGAGUGUCGCUGUUCUGGGCCGGUGGAGGAAUGGCUGACUUGUCUGGAGAGGACAAUGCAGGAAUGCGUCAGGGCUCAUCUGUCUGAGGCUGUGUCUGUGUAUGAGGAUCGGCCCAGAGAGCAGUGGAUUCUCGACUUCCCUGCUCAAGUGGCUCUCACUGGGUCGCAGAUAUGGUGGAGCAAUGAUAUGGAGCUUGUGUUUAAAAGACUGGAGGAAGGAUUUGAGUCUGCAGUGAAAGACUACAACAGGAAACAGAUUUCUCAGCUGAACUUGUUGAUUGGCAUGCUGCUUGGUGAGCUGAGUUCAGGUGACAGACAGAAGAUCAUGACUAUAUGCACGAUUGAUGUUCAUGCCAGAGACAUUGUCAGCAGCCUCAUCGCCCAAAAAGUCACCACCUCACAGUCCUUUCAGUGGCUUUCUCAGCUCCGACAUUGCUGGGAUGAGCAGCAGCGUCACUGCUUUGUCAACAUCUGUGAUGCUCAGUUCCUUUAUUCAUACGAGUACCUUGGAAACACGCCUCGUCUCGUCAUCACCCCCCUCACAGACCGGUGCUACAUCACCUUAACUCAGUCUCUCCACUUGACCAUGAGUGGAGCCCCUGCAGGCCCUGCUGGAACAGGAAAGACUGAGACCACUAAGGAUCUGGGCAGAGCACUGGGUGUCAUGGUAUACAUCUUCAACUGUUCUGAACAGAUGGACUACAAGUCAAUAGGAAAUGUUUACAAAGGUCUGGCACAGACUGGAGCAUGGGGCUGCUUUGAUGAGUUCAACCGUAUCGCUGUGGAUGUUCUGUCAGUGGUAGCAGUGCAGGUCAAAACUAUACAGGAUGCCAUUCGAGCUAAGAAAAAAAGGUUUCUGUUCCUGGAUAAAGAAAUUGCCUUAAAGCCAUCUGUGGGAAUCUUCAUCACUAUGAACCCUGGUUAUGCAGGCAGAACAGAGCUGCCUGGGAACCUCAAGGCUCUUUUCAGACCCUGUGCCAUGGUGGUGCCUGACACUGAACUUAUCUGUGAGAUCAUGCUGGUUGCAGAGGGUUUCCGUGGUGCUAAGCUUUUAGCCAGGAAGUUUAUUUCUUUGUACACUCUCUGCAAAGAACUGCUCUCUAAACAGGACCACUAUGACUGGGGUCUGCGUGCUGUUAAGUCUGUUCUGGUUGUAGCAGGAGCACUAAGAAGAAGAGACAAGAACAGGCCAGAGGAUCAGGUGCUCAUGCGUGCAUUGAGGGACUUCAACAUGCCUAAAAUCGUGUCUGAAGAUGUGACAAUCUUCUUUGGACUGCUAGGAGACUUGUUCCCUGGCCUGGAGGUGGAAAGAGAGAGAAGCUUUGAGUUUGAGGACGCCAUCAGAAAGACCACACUGGAGCUUAGACUCCAGCCAGAGGAGACAUUUAUCCUUAAGGUGGUGCAGUUGGAGGAACUUAUGGCAGUGCGUCACUCUGUCUUUGUUCUUGGAAAUGCAGGGACUGGGAAAAGCAAGAUAUUAAAAGUUCUCCAUAACACUUACAUAAACUUGAAGAGGAAACCAGUAUGGAAUGACCUCAAUCCAAAAGCAGUGGACAGAGAUGAACUGUUUGGCUUUAUCCAUCCUGCAACUCGAGAGUGGAAAGAUGGUUUGCUUUCAUCACUGAUGCGAGAGCAAGCAAACAUCUUCCACAAAGGACCUAAGUGGAUUGUGUUGGAUGGAGACAUUGAUCCGAUGUGGAUUGAAUCACUCAACACAGUGAUGGAUGACAACAAGGUACUGACUCUGGCCAGUAAUGAGCGUGUGCCACUGACGGCUUCUAUGAGACUCGUGUUUGAAAUCAGUCACCUUAGAUCAGCCACACCUGCCACUGUUUCCAGAGCAGGAAUUCUCUAUGUAAACCCCCAAGACUUGGGCUGGAACCCGUGUGUUGCCAGCUGGAUCGACCAACGAGAGCGUCAAACGGAAAGGGCUCACCUCACUAUACUGUUUGAAAAAUAUGUUCCUCGUUGUGUAGAACAGAUGCGCAACACCUUCAAGACCAUCAUUUCCAUCCCAGAAAACACUAUGGUGCAGACACUCUGCACAUUGCUUGACUGCCUCCUUACACCAGAAAAUAUUCCACCUGACUCUCCACGAGAGCUCUAUGAGACAUACUUCACUUUCGCCUGCAUCUGGGCUUUUGGUGGGGCUCUGUAUCAAGAUCAGCUUUCUGAUUAUGGGGUAGAAUUCAGUCAGUGGUGGACCAAAGAAAUGAAGACAGUGAAGCUACCAGCACAGGGCACAGUGUUUGACUACUACCUUGACCCUCAAACCAAACGCUUUCUGCCAUGGAGCGAUACUGUGCCUCCAUUUGUAAUGGAAACUGAUACACCAUUACAGGCUGUUCUGGUACACACAGCAGAGACUGUGAGUCUUCGCUACUUCAUGGACUUGUUGCUGGAGAGGAGACAGCCUGUAAUGCUUGUGGGGAAUGCUGGAGUGGGAAAGACGGCACUUGUCAAAAACAAGUUAGACUGUCUGCCAGAAAGUUACAUGACUACAAAAAUACCUUUCAACUACUACACGACAUCACUUACACUGCAGGGGAUUUUGGAGCAAUCAUUGGAGAAAAAAGCAGGCAAAAGUUACUCCCCUGUGGGCAACAGAAGAAUGGUUUAUUUUAUUGAUGAUUUAAACAUGCCUGCUGUCGACAGUUUUGGAACAGUUCAACCUCACACACUAAUCCGCCAGCAUCUGGAUUAUGGUCAUUGGUAUGACAGACAGAAACUGACCCUGAAAGAAAUACACAACACCCAGGUUGUUGCUUGUAUGAAUCCAACUUCUGGGAACUUUAAAAUCAACCCAAGACUACAGAGACAUUUCUCAAUUUUUGCUGUGAACUUUCCCUCUUCUCAUGCUCUGAAGUCCAUCUACUCUCCAAUCCUAUGUGGGCAUUUGAAGCAGAGACGCUUUAGUCCGCUUGCUCAGAGUAGUGCUGCAUCAGUGAUCCAAGCUGCAAUAAGUCUUCAUAACAAGAUGCUUCACAGCUUUCUACCCACAGCCAUCAAAUUUCACUAUGUGUUUAAUCUGCGAGACAUGUCUAACAUUUUUCAGGGCAUCCUCUUUGCUGGGCCUGAGAGUGUGAAAGACAGCACUGACCUGGCACUGUUGUGGCUCCACGAGUCCUGCAGGGUGUACUCAGACAGACUGGUAGAUGUCACGGACUUGCAGCUCUUCCGGAGGCUCCAGAUGGAGACUGUGCAUGAAUGCUUUGAGGGACUCCAGGAGAAAAUGGUGACAAAGCAGCCCCUCCUUUAUUGCCACUUUGCACAAACAGGUGAUGAAGUCUCCUAUACUCGUGUUACAGACUGGACUGCCCUCAAGUCUAUCCUCACUGAUGCUCUGGAGAGCUACAAUGAGCUCAAUGCAGCCAUGGAUCUGGUGCUGUUUGAAGAUGCCAUGCAGCAUGUUUGUCGCAUUAGUCGCAUCCUCGAGUCCCCAAGGGGUUAUGGCUUACUGGUUGGGGUUGGGGGCAGCGGGAAGCAGAGCCUGACUCGUCUCGCUGCCUACAUAUCUUCUGUGGAAGUCUUCCAAACCACUCUGACUAAGGGUUACAGCAUCCAGGACUUCAAGAUGGAUCUGGCUGGCUUAUUCCUAAAGACAGGCGUAAAGAAUCAGCGAGUGGCUCUUCUCCUGACUGAUGCACAGAUACCUGAUGAGCGGUUUUUGGUCACCGUUAACGACUUGCUGGCAUCAGGAGAAAUUCCUGAGCUCCUCAGCGAGGAAGAGGUUGAAAAUAUUGUUUCAGGUGUGAGAGCUGAGGUCCGUGCUCUCGGACUGCUUGACAACAGGGAGAACUGCUGGAGAUUCUUUACCGACAGAGUUCGACUACAGCUAAAGGUAGUACUGUGUUUGUCUCCAGUGGGCAACACUCUUCGUGUCAGAGCCCGUCGUUUCCCUGCUCUUGCUCAUUGCACGACCAUCGACUGGUUUCACCCCUGGACCCAAGAGGCACUACAGACAGUCAGCUUCAGGUUCAUUCAAGAGAUUGAAGGCCUUGAGCCUGCCGUACAGGAAUCCAUCAGUCUUUUCAUGGCCUACGUUCACACCAGUGUCAACCAGGCAAGUGAAAAAUACCAGCGCAAUGAGAAGAGGUACAAUUACACCACCCCCAAGAGCUUUCUCCAGCAAAUCAGCCUGUACAGGAACCUUCUGGAGAAGAGCCGGGCUCAGCUCCAGCACAAGAUGAGCCGGCUUGAAAGCGGCCUUCAGAAACUACAGAGUACCGCCACUCAGGUUGAGGAUCUAAAAGCUAAAUUGGCAUACCAAGAAUCAGAGCUGACCUUUAAAAAACAGAAAAUUGAGGCUCUAAUUACAAAGAUAGGACUGCAGACAGAGAGGGUCAGCAGCAAGAGAGAGGCUGCAGAUGCUGAGGCACAGAAGGUUGCUGUCAUUCAGGCAGAAGUUUCAGUCAAACAGAGAGAUUGUGAAAAUGACCUCACCAAAGCAGAGCCAUCACUGACAGCUGCCACAGCAGCACUACACACCCUCAACAAGGUGAAUCUUACUGAGCUGAAGGCUUUUCCAAACCCUCCAGCUGCAGUGAUCAAUGUAGCAGCAGCUGUGAUGGUUCUGCUAGCUCCCCGUGGUCGAGUGCCUAAGGAUCGGAGCUGGAAGGCUGCACGGGCCUUCAUGGGCAAGGUGGAUGUAUUUCUGCAGGCUCUAAUGUCAUAUGACAAGGAGCACAUCCCUGAGUCCUGUUUGACUGUGGUGAAAGGAGAGUAUCUGAGAAACCCAGAGUUUCACCCUGAUCAUGUUCGGACUAAAUCUACAGCCGCAGCCGGUCUCUGUGCCUGGAUAAUUAACAUAGUCAGAUAUUAUGAGAUUUAUUGUGAGGUCAUUCCAAAGAGGCAUGCAUUAUCACAAGCUAAUAUGGAGCUAGAAACAGCAACAGCCAAAAUGUUAACAGUUCAAAAGAAAUUACUGGACCUUGAUAGCAGCCUCCAGAGCCUAACAGCUCAGUUUGAAAAGGCUACAGCCGAGAAAAUUAGCUGUCAGGAGGAGGUGAUGCAAACCAACCAGACCAUUGAGCUCGCCAACCGACUAGUCAAGGGCCUCGAGUUAGAGAAGGAGCGCUGGUCACAGGCAAUUGUUCAGUAUGAAAAACAGCAGAAAACCUUGUAUGGUGAUGUCCUCAUCACCUCAGCAUUCGUCUCCUACAUGGGUUACUUCACCAGGCAGUACAGGACCGAGCUCCUGAAUAAGGCUUGGAUUCCUUUCCUUCAGUCUCAGAAGGUCUCUGUACCCCUGACAGAUGGCCUGGAUCCAAUCCUCAUGCUUACAGAUGAUGCCACUGUGGCUGCCUGGCAUAACCAAGGCCUGCCAAAUGAUAGGAUGUCCACUGAAAAUGCUGCCAUCCUGACCACCAGUGAGCGUUGGCCACUCAUCAUUGACCCACAGCAGCAGGGCAUCAAGUGGAUCCGAAACCGGCUAGGACUAGAGCUGAGGGUGGUGCAGCUGGGACAGAAAGGGUAUCUUGAUGUGAUUGAACAAGCACUUGCCUGUGGUGACAUUGUUCUGAUAGAAAAUCUGCCAGAAAAAGUAGACCCUGUUAUGGAACCUCUUCUAGGCAGAACCACAAUCAAAAGAGGAAGGUACAUUCGUAUUGGAGGGAAGGAGUGUGAAUACAACAGUAACUUUCAACUUAUUUUGCACACCAAGCUGGCCAAUCCUCAUUUCCCUCCUGAGCUCCAGGCCCAGACCACCCUUAUCAACUUCACAGUGACUCCUGUGGGCCUGGAAGAACAGCUGCUAGGACAGGUAGUGUCGCAAGAAAGGCCUGAACUUGAGGCCCUAAAGAUGGAGCUGACCACACAACAGAAUCACUUCAAGAUUGAGCUCAAGAAGUUGGAGGAUGACUUGUUGAAUCACCUCUCUGUAGCCCAUGGUAAUUUUCUGGGUGAUAUUUCUCUUGUGGAGCAACUUGAGCACACCAAGAACACAGCCGCUCACAUUCAACACAAGGUGGUGGAGGCCAGAGAGAAUGAGACAAAGAUCAACGAGGCUCGAGAACUAUACCGCCCUGCAGCUGAGAGAGCGUCGCUCCUCUUCUUCAUCAUCAACGAUCUCAGCAAGAUUAACCUCAUGUACCAGUUUUCUCUCAAGAUCUUUAACUCUGUGUUUAAAAAAGCGAUGGAGUGCGCAAAAUGGGAUGAAGACGUGAGGACCCGAGUGAACACCCUCACUGAAGCCAUCACCUAUUCUGUAUUCCUACACACCAGCCAGGGCCUGUUUGAGAGAGACAAGUUAACCUUCUUGUCACACACUGCCUUCCAGAUUCUGCUCAAGAAGGGCCUGAUUGAUCCACAGGAGUUUGACUUCCUGCUUCGUUUCCCCGUGGAGGCCAGCAAAGUUAGUCCUGUGCCCUUCCUCUCGUCUCAUGCCUGGGGAGCCAUUAAGACAAUCUCUACUAUGGAGAACUUCAAUGGACUUGACAGAGAGGUGGAGAGCUCACCAAAGCGCUGGAGGAAGAUCGUUGAAUCCAGCUGCCCUGAAAAGGAAAGACUUCCCCAGGACUGGAAGAACAAAACGUCUCUCCAGAGGCUCAUUAUCCUUCGAGCACUUCGUCCUGAUAGAAUAACAUACACAUUAAAGAACUUUGUGGAGGAGAGUAUGGGGACAAAAUAUGUGGAGGCUGUCAGACUGGAAUUUGACAAGUUGUAUGAGGAUAGUGGUCCAUCGACCCCUGUGUUCUUCAUCCUCUCGCCUGGAGUAGAUCCACUCAAAGAUGUCGAAAGACUAGGUUUGAAUCUCGAUUUUUCCAUUGACAAGGGUAAUCUGCACAACGUAUCACUGGGACAGGGCCAGGAGGAAGUAGCAGAGAGGGUUCUGAAGAGUGCCUCUGAACUUGGACACUGGGUCAUCCUGCAGAAUGUGCACCUGGUGGCUCGCUGGCUGCCCUCUCUAGAUGCUCUGUUGGAGAUGGCAGCGAUGGACAGUCACCCAAACUUCAGGGUGUUCAUUACUGCUGAACCAGCACCCACAUCUGAGCAGCAUGUGAUCCCUAGAGGCUUACUGGAGAAUGCCAUCAAAAUCACCAAUGAACCUCCAACUGGCAUGAAUGCCAGUUUGCAUGCAGCCCUCAAUAACUUCAGCCAAGAAACUCUGGAUAUGUGCUCCAGGGAGCAGGAGUUCAACUCCAUGUUCUUCUCUCUCUGCUUUUUUCAUGCCUGUGUCACAGAGCGCCGUAAAUUUGGUCCCCAAGGGUGGAACCACAAUUACCCCUUCAGCAUUGGAGACCUUAACAUUUCUGCCAGUGUCUUGUACAACUACUUAGAGGCCAACAACAAAUCUAUGCAGGUUCCCUGGCAGGACUUGUGUUACCUUUUUGGGGAGAUCAUGUAUGGAGGACACAUCACCAAUGACUGGGAUAGGAGAUUGUGUAUGACAUACCUACGGGAGUUCAUGCAUCCUAAAAUGUUUGAAGGUGAACUCUUCCUGUGCCCCGGGUUCAUGGCUCCUCCAUUCAUGGACUAUAGUGGCUACCACAGUUAUAUAGACAAACAUCUCCCACCUGAGAGCCCUACUCUGUAUGGUCUUCACCCAAAUGCUGAGCUGGAAUGCCUCACUGUCACCUCAGACAAUCUCCUGAGGUCUCUACUGGAACUGCAGCCUCAGGACUCCUCCAGAGGAGAGGGGGUUGCUCAGAGCACAGAAGAGAGAGUCAAGUCUGUCAUUGAAGGAAUCCUUGAGAAGCUUCCUGAGGAGUAUGACAUGGCAGAGAUUGCCUCAAAGACGGCAGAGCGAAGCCCCUAUGUUCAAGUUUGUUUGCAGGAGUGUGAGCGCAUGAAUGUUCUGCUGGCUGAAAUUAAAAAAUCCCUUAAUGAACUUGAUCUUGGCCUGAAGGGAGAACUCACCUUCUCCUCUAGAAUGGAGACCCUACAGGCAGCCCUGUUCAGUGACUCCAUCCCAGAUUCUUGGGCCAGACUGGCUUAUCCCUCCACUAAAACACUGGCACACUGGUUCAGUGAUCUGAUCUGUAGCUGUCGAGAGCUGGACAGCUGGACUCAAGAUUUAGUUCUUCCUGCAGUUGUUUGGCUAUCAGGACUUUUCAACCCACAGUCUUUCCUCACUGCUGUGCUGCAGAGUAUCGCUCGCAAGAAUGAGUGGCCUCUUGACAAGAUGACUCUGACUGUGGAUGUAACAAAAAAGACAAAAGACGACUUUGGACAUCCACCACGGGAGGGAUCCUACAUUCAUGGACUCUAUAUUGAAGGAGCUAGCUGGGACACUCAGACUGGACUCAUCUCUGAGGCAGUUUUGAGGGAUCUGACUCCAACUAUGCCAGUGCUGUAUGUGAGAGCUGUGCCGGCAGAGGAGCAAGAGCUGAAGAAUACCUAUGAGUGUCCGGUGUACGGCACAAAGCAGCGAGGGACCACAUAUGUGUGGACCCUUCACCUCAGAACCAAACAGCCUCCUGCAAAAUGGAUUGUUGCUGGGGUAGCACUACUGCUGUCUGUGUGAGUCAUUCAGAGAAUUUCAGUCAGGUCUUUGAUAAUUCCUAAUCAUGUUAUCUUGCAAAUAGUCUAAGUAUUACAUCAUGUGAAGCAACCAUUUAACUUUUUAUUAAUCAUGUUUUCUUGAUAUUACUAAAUCUGGCCUACUCCUUUAAUCUUGUAUAACCUCCAUUGUAUCCAGUCUGGUUCAGGCUUGACAAUACUGACAUUGUAGAGCAUCAGUGUCUUUUUGUUUUAGAUUUAAGAUGAUAAUGUGAACAAAGAGGUGCAGAUGCAUUUUUAGAUACUGCUGAACCUGUUAUGUCUGUGUCCCACACUGUUGAACGUCUCCCUUGAGAUGGUUCAGUCUGGCCAUGAUUUGUUGGGAGCUUAUGUCUCCAUUUUUGACCAUGUAAUUCUGGAUUGGGAGCAUAUUUUAUUGGAAGGUCAAGAUUGAAAAAGCGCUUCAGGUGCCCUCUACUAACUGAAUGAUACACAAUGCCGUCUGGAGGGAUCCCGCACAGAAUUCCCAGGAGAUGAUGUGCAUGGUCGCUAUUGACUUUUAAAUGAGGUGCAUUUGACAUUGACCUUUUGUAGGGCAGAGGCAGAAUACUAACAGAGCAGUGUAAUUCAUCCCGGCGGGCCUGUUGGAGAAACCUAUUCAAAGGCACUGAUGGCUUUCUAUGAGAAGGAAACACAUCAGAUUACCCAUCCUUUAUCUGUCUGUGCUCUCUGUGAAAUUAUUAACUUCAUACUAACCAAAUAAAACAUUUAACUCCAAAUGAGUCCAAGAAACAAUAUCUUAUACAAACCGUUAUCUGUUUAUUGAUGUAAAUAGACAAGCUGGAAUGUGAUUGUGCUGAUAUAUUUAAGAUGUGCACAGACAAAUUACACAUUUAAAAUGUCCUGUUUGUCAGAAAUACAUUAAAAUAUACAGAAGGGGCUCCAGAGAUAAGGUUGCAAUCAUGCAGCAGUUUUCCACCUUCCAAUAAAAUAUCCACACAAAGCUUAGGUGUUCACAGGGAAAUUUGAGCAGACACUAAAGUAUUGAAUAAAAUAUGAUGCAUUUUU